GGGCAUAAGGCUGACGAGGUUGAGAAGCAAUGACAUCGUGUUACGGACCGUUGAUCAAUCUCUCAGAAGCUUCUCAUCACAUGGGUCACUUCGUCCAGCUUCUCGUUUUCGUUCACCGUUCCACUCCUGUUCAGUAUAAAUUAUCCAGAGGAGGAGAAAUAAUCAGGACGGACAUUCAGGUGGGCGAUGACACUCAACCCUUUUUCUCCGUCUCCUUAUGGAAAAAAGAAUUGCGAUCAAUCGCUGUUGCAGGCGACAUCGUCUUAUUGCAAAAUCUCAAGAUUACAAAAUUCCGAGAUGUUUUCGAGGCCAGAAGUGAUGACUGGCAUCUUUACUCCGUCUGGUCCACCCUUGCCAGUCCCUUGUUUCAAAGAGUGCAACUGAAUUAGUAGCAGAGUGUAGAAUGGGGAUAGAGGUCAAAGAAAAGCUUUCCAAGGUUAUAGAAUGGGUGCAGAGGACCGGAUAUUAUGCUAUUGAGAAUGUUGACCCGUAUGAUCGCCAAAAGAGGCGGCUAUCCAGAAACUGGAAAGUUCCAGAACCGAAUAAAUUGAGAGAAUGUCCCUCACUUUCAGAGGUUUUGUGCCUGAACAGUCACUGUAAGGCAAUAUUUAGUGCUUCUGUUGGAGAGAUUUUUCUGCCGAUUACUUGGAGGCGCAUUGGAGAGUCUGAGAAUGAAAAUAUGUUUAUUAGCAGGAGACUAUGUACAUCAGCAAGCAAUAGUUUAGCUGAAGAUCUUAUAUGCACUGGUUGCCGGCUAUGUGGUUCUCCUUUGCAUCAAGAGCAAGGAUCUAUAGUUGGGAGGGUUCCACUCUAUUGUGAGAAAAGCUCAGAUCGCCUUCAUGCAGUCAGCUUGAUAUAUAGGCCUUUUAUGUUAUAUUUAUGGGAUGAAUAUGAACACAUGCCGGCACUGGUAAAAAACAAUGCUGCAGAGAAAUUGUUCGGAAACAUCAAGGCCGAAAGAGUUUUCUUGUGCUAUAAAGAGACUAAGUGCGAUAAAACCCUCAAUCCGGAUUCUGUUGCCAAGAACAGUCAGCGGGGUUGUGGCACAAGAACCCACGAUCCUCCGAAAGCUGCAGGGACAAGUCAUGCGGAGUAUUGCUCAUCAGAUGCACAUCGGAGGCAGGAAAGUAGGCAGAACCUAAAAAGCAUAAAUGUUUUUCAAAUUUGGUUAGUUGUUCUUAAAAUGUUGUUGCAGCAUGGAAAAAACAGUCCAUUGAAGUUUAAAGUUGCUGUAAAUGCCAGCCUUGAUAUAGAAAAUGGGAGAUUUGAAAUGCUAUCUGUUUCAACUCCUUGUUUUAAAAAUCGCCCUUGUAAUGAAUUGAAUGUUUGA